UAUGAUUUUACGCUCUGUGAACCUGGCAUAACCCCUCGAGGCUACCAGAAUAGGGAGGCAAAAAAAUAUUGUAUUAUCAUUUACGAAAUACAAACGUACAAUUCGUUCCUUUAAGUUAUUUAAGUUUCAGUGUUAAUAAACAUGUCAUCAAUUGAUUUCGAUCCAGCUAUAAAAUUAUGUUUAAAAUACUUACAUUCAAGUUCUGUUGAUUCUACGGAACAAUUGCGAUUGACUCUCGAUGAUCACAUCAGACAAUCAUAUGGUAGUGCAAAAACUCUCGGUAAUAUGUUACCGAAGAAAUAUCUUAACGAAGAGAAAAUGGAGACACCUAGAUCCAAACACAAAAUAGAUAAGAAUGCAGUAACUAAGACGGUUCCUAUACCACAACAAAGUCCACAGCAAAUUCAAAUACCUGAGAGAGAAAACGAUGAUGGUUCAGUUAUGGAUGGAGAAUUGGCUUUUGACUUGUUAGAGGAAGACUUGACUUGUGCUGUCUGUAGACAAAUAGCUGUGCAAGCCGGAAAUCGCUUAGUGGAGUGUGAUGGGUGCCGGGCACUGUACCAUCAGGAUUGUCAUAAGCCUGUGAUCAGUGACAAUGAUAUCGCUGCAGGUUGGCAAUGUGCAACCUGUCUUGCAGCACAUGGAUUUACAACUAAUUAUUCAAGUAAAACUUCAUCGAGCUCCAAGUCACCAUCAAGAGUGUCUGGUUCCACAACCCCUGUAAAAAUUUCAUCUAGCAGUUCAUCUUCAUCAUCACCAUCGAAAGUUGUUACUCCAAAUAUGAAUAUCAUUUCUGCAGACAAAAGGUUGCAGAUAAUGAAGAAGAAAGCUGCAAAACAACAUGAAAAGAAGAAAAGCUCUAAGUCGUAAUUACAUAUUAUGUCGCUUAAGUGACAUUAAGUGUAAUUCUAUUGAUUAAUAAUGGUUAGAUUAAAAUUCCACAGCCAAGUACCAAUCUUUAAAAUUAAAUACGGUAAAAGCUCCUGAUUCGCGCUUCCUUCAUAGGCGUUUUCACCAUUCACAGGUUUUAAAAUGCAACUCAGUUCCUAUAGUAUUUGCGGCUAAAGAUGUCUUUAUUUGCGGAUCUAAUCAGUACAACGAUAGAUACACAAUGAUAAAAGGAUUCCAAUAUGUAUAGGCCUCUAAUCGAAUAAAAUAUAUCCUUGUAAACGCGACCUCAAAUGCACUAAUAAAAUAGUAAAAUAGAUCUUAAUAAAACUACGCCUAAAGUAUGUUGUUAUGAUAUCGCUUUUUUUGAGAAUGUAAACAAACAGAAUGAAAUCAACCUUAAAACACAUCGCAUAAAUUCUAUUUUUAAAUACGGCUACGUGAGACGUUCCGUUCUUUUGUAAGAGUAGCGUUUUUUUAUUAUUUCGUCUUUACGAUUCCAUAUUCACGGUUUCUUUAUUCGCGGCAUAUAUACCCCGUGAAUAAAGAGCUUUUAAUGUACAUACUUAACAAGUGGUCACAGCUUAAUUACAUGAUAAAGUAAUACCAUCAUUGAACAAUGAAAUUUUACAGAAUUCGCAAACGUAUUAUCACUAUCCUGCUCAUUUUUGCCCAGAAUCAGUCACAUGUGGAUUAGACAAACAGUGGUAGGAUUGUAGUAGGACCAUUUUUGAGCCGUUAAGCUGUUUUACUAUUGUUAGUAAUAUAUACAUAAUAAUAUGUAAUUUAAAGAAAUAAAA